CUCGUUCUCGACAUACAGACAUGCGAAAUCAGGAAUAUCGAAACCAAAAAUAAAUAAAUUAAAAUAAAAGAAACCAUCUCUGAACUGAAGCCUCUUCUUUUUAACUCGGAUGAUUGACUCGAUGUAGACUCGGUUGACUCGUCUAUUCUAAACCCACGAAACUUACUUUUCUCUUUGUUUCUCCUUACUCUCACAGAAAGUUCAGCACUGAGUGGCGGGAACGAGUCGUUUCGAUGGCUUCGGAGGAGAAGCGAAUCGAGGACGAGUUGUCGUAUCCGAUACUGUUAUCGGAGCGAGUUCGCUCGGCGGUCGACGAAGCCGAAUCGUUCAAGCUUGAGUGCUUGGAAGUGGGGAAACACGUUGACCGGAUUACCCAAAUGCUUCGAACCUUAGUCCGACUCUCGACCACAACGCCUUCCUUGUACGAGCGUCCGGUGCGGCGCGUUGUCGCCGAGGUCUCUAAGAAUUUGGAGCGUGCCCUUACAUUAGUCCGAAAGUGCAAGCGCCAGAGCGUCCUCCGCCGCGUCGUUACCAUCACUAGCGUUGCAGAUUUCCGAAAACUGUUCGCCUUUCUCGAAUCUUCCGUCGGCGACCUGAAGUGGCUUGUCGGGAUAUUCGACUUCGAUAACGGAGGUGACGGACUCGGCGGAAUCGUUUCUCUUCCUCCAAUCGCCAGUAAUGACCCUAUUAUCUCGUGGGUUUGGUCCUCAAUAGCUUCUAUUCAAAUGGGUCAACUCCCUUGCCGGAUUGAGGCAGCGAACCAGCUCGCUUCGCUGGCUCAAGACAAUGAUCGGAACAAAAAGAUUAUAGUCGAGGAAGAUGGGGUUUCGCCAUUGUUGAAGCUUUUGAAGGAGAGCUCUUCGUCGGAGGCCCAAAUCGCCGCCGCCACGGCGCUUUGUAAUUUGGCGAAUGAACAAGAGAGGGUUAGGAGUAUUGUGAGUGAGGUCGGGAUUCCGGUUAUUGUGCAGGUUCUUGGGGACUCACCUAUGAGAGUUCAGACUCAGGUGGCGAGAUUGGUGGCUAGGAUGGCGAAGUACGAUCCUGUUGCCCAAGAUGAUUUUGCCAGAGAAAAUGUGAUUAGACCGCUUGUGACAUUGUUAUCAUUUGAGACAUUUGUGGACGAUUCCAAGCUUCAUCCGGGUAAGCAUAGUAUUCAUUCUAUUGUUCAGAUUAAUAAGGAGUUGGAGAAAAACAAUUUGGGUGGUUCAAGCAGCAAGAAUUCGUAUAAGAAUUUGAAUUCACUCUCAAAUUCGUAUUCUUAUUUGUAUAUGGAGGGUAAUAAUAGGGCGGGGAAUCAUAGGAAAGAGAGGGAGAAUGAGAAACCUGAGUUCAAACUUGAGCUUAAGAUUAGUUGUGCUGAGGCCUUGUGGAUGCUUGCCAAAGGAAGUGUGGCGAACAGUAGGAAAAUAACUGAGACAAAAGGCCUACUUUGCUUGGCCAAAUCGGUUGAGAAUGAGGUUGGAGAGUUACAGUUCAAUUGUUUGAUGACUGUGACAGAGAUAACAGCUGCAGCUGAAUUGAAUUCCGACCUCCGACGAGCAGCUUUCAAAACUAAUUCUCAUGCUGCGAAAGCUGUUGUUGAUCAGCUCUUGAGGUUGGUUACAGAGGUGGAUAGUCCAACAUUGCAAAUCCCUGCUAUAAGAUCAAUUGGUUCAUUGGCUAGGACAUUUCCAGUGAGGGAGACUCGAGUUAUUGGUCCUCUGGUGAAUCAACUUAGCCAUAGAGACGUGGAUGUGGCCACAGAGGCCACCAUUUCACUUGGGAAGUUUGCUUGUCCGGAUAAUUUUCUUCAUAUGGAGCAUUCAAAGACAAUAAUCGAAUUCAAUGGUAUCCCACCUUUGUUGAAACUGUUAAGAGCCAGUGAACAGUCUCAGUUGUAUGGACUAAUUCUUCUUUGCUACCUUGCAUUACAUGCUGGCAACAAUGAUUCUUUGGAUCAGGCUAGAGUUUUGAUUGCACUUGAAGGUGCUUUAAGCUCGGAUCGUACAGUAAUAAUGCAACAUUCCCAGUUGAAAGAUUUGGUACCGAAGGCAAUAUAUCAUCUUAAUCUAUAUCAUGCUGGUGGCCAUUCUCAAAGACUGUCGUUUGUGCCUUGACUAUGAUUUCGGUAGUUGAACCAAUGUCUUUUUGGGGGCAUUUUUACUUUGUUUAGAAGGACAUGUUGAUAGUUUUUUUUUUCUCUCUUUCUUUUAGGAAGAAAACAGGACUUGUAGAAACAUAUGUUGAAUAAGGAAUACAAAAAGUUAUUACAGUUAUAUUAUAUUGUCUGCCCAAAAAUGAGUGGUGCAUAUUUUGAUUAAACUUCACUCUUUCUCUUUGUUAGACUCACUAAGAUUGUAAGCUGAUGGUUCUGGUACAAAAGAGGGGAUUUGAAUCAUUUGAUUUUGUAUAA